CUCUGUCCCCGGUAGGCGCGGGGCUGCAGCUUCUCUCCGGCUCAAGACGUGGCCCCACGCCUGCCUGGGACCGAGAAUACCAGCGUCCGCAGCCUGCAGCCCCGGAGUUCUCUGUCCCCGGCAGGCGCAGGGCCACAGCUUCCCUCCUCUGCUGGGCACUAGGCGGGCCCUGCACCUACCAGGAACAGAGAACACUGCGCCCGCAGGUGUUCGGGUGUGGGGCCAUGGGUUCUCUCACCUGCUGGGCACUAGGCAGGCACACAUAAAUGCCCUGGUGGGUGCCGUGGUGCCCGCUGGGACCAUGUUGGGGACCACUGCCCUAUAGGGCUCUCUACUCAGCCUUUCCUGUCUACACUGCUGUCUUUAGCUGUUUUGUGUCCAACUGCCUCCCUGGUGCUGGAGCCAUGCCCUGUGGAAGGAAAAGACUCCAUCAGUGAGGAAAGGCCUCAGUGGUGGGGAAGCAGCUGGCAAAGACUCUGCCAGCUCCCUGCCUCUGGAGCUCUUCCCUGCUGCAGGGAAAGGCUCUGGCCAUGGGGAAGGGUUCUCGCAGGAGAGAGGUUGCUUCUGCAGCUUUUCCCACUGCUUCCCUCCUUCUAGAGCCUUUCACUGAUGUGUAGUGACCAUGGCACUGUGGAUGCAGCCUGCUUUUUUCACUGCGAGAAGCAUCUGAUCCAGAAGGACUUCCUCCUGGAGACAGAGAGCAUCUGAGAAGCUUAUGAACCUAUUGGAUUGCAGGCCUGCCAGCAGCUGAAGCCCAUUCUGUCAGAGUUGUUGCCAUUCUGUGGGCAUAAGCGGCUAGCAUUCUCUGUGGAGCUGUGUCAGCAGCUUAUCUGGUUAUUGCUUAACCGGUUUCCUUGAAAUUAUUGCUGUACUAUGAAGAAAAGUUUUGAAGGCUGUGAUUAACAAGUAGCUCCACCCGGUUGUUGUGGGAACUGUGAAUAAAAUUCCUACUUGUUGGUGCUUGUAAAGCAAGAAUUGGGGUAAUCAGUUUAACAGAUGAAUGUACUUUUUCUGAGUACAGAAUAAAAGGGGGAUUAAAUUACAAAAUGUGGAAGGUGACUGUUCUGCUGACUUUGCUGAGCCUGAGUGUGACCUUCAAGCUAGGUCAUGCUCGUAAACAAUGGAGUGUCUUUCGCAACAUGUUUAAAAGGAUCCGCUGUUCCACACCAUCAAGAGGAGACCCAGGGCAGCCACUCUUCCUUACCCCUUAUAUUGAAAGUGGGAGACUUGAGGAAGGAAGGCAGUUAAGUUUGGUUGGGCCUCUCCAAGGAGUAAAUGUGAAGAGUUACUCUGGCUAUCUCACAGUGAACAAGACUCACAACAGCAAUCUCUUCUUCUGGUUCUUCCCUGCUGAGGUGCAGCCAGAGGAUGCCCCGGUCCUUCUUUGGCUCCAAGGUGGACCAGGAGGAUCAUCAAUGUUUGGGCUUUUUGUUGAACAUGGCCCAUAUGUUGUCGACAGGAAUCUCAGAUUGUAUAAACGGAAGUUUUCUUGGACAUCUAAAUUUUCCAUGCUUUACAUUGACAACCCAGUUGGGACUGGCUUUAGUUUUACCGAUGAUACGGGAUAUGCAGUAAACCAAGAUGAUGUAGGAAGAGAUUUAUACAGUGCACUCAUCCAGUUUUUCCAGCUAUUUCCAGACUAUCAGAAAAAUGACUUCUAUAUUACAGGAGAAUCUUAUGCAGGAAAGUAUGUGCCUGCUAUUGGCUACUACAUCCAUACCCAUAGUUCCAAAGCCAAAGUUAAGAUCAACUUCAAAGGAGUUGCUAUUGGUGAUGGUUUCUGUGACCCUGAAAUGAUGCUGGGUGGCUAUGCACAAUUCUUGUACCAAAUUGGCUUGGUGGAUGAGAAGCAGAGGGAGUAUGUCCAGCAGCAGACUGACCUGGGAGUAAUUUAUAUCCAGCAGAAGAAGUGGAUGAAAGCCUUUGAAAUAUUUGAUACUCUAUUGAAUGGUGAUGAAACAAGUUCUUCCUACACUCAGAAUGUUACAGGAUGUAGCAACUACAUUAACUUUUUGCAAUGCCAGGAGCCUGCUGACCAGGAAUAUUUUGGAGCAUUUUUAUCACUCUCAGAAGUGAGGAAAGCUAUCCAUGUGGGAAAUCUUACCUUUCAUGAUGGGUCUACAGUUGAGAAGCAUUUGCUUGAAGAUGUAAUGAAGACAGUAAAGCCAUGGUUGGCUGUAAUUAUGGAUAACUAUAGGGUUCUGUUAUACAAUGGGCAGCUUGAUAUCAUAGUAGCAGCUCCACUGACGGAACGCUUUCUGCCUACUGUGCCAUGGAGCAAGGUGGAAGAAUACAAAAGUGCUGAAAGACUCAUAUGGAGGAUCCAUCCCCUUGACAAGGAGGUGGCUGGUUAUGUGCGCCAAGCUGGUGAAUUCUAUCAGGUAAUUGUUCGAGGUGGAGGACAUAUUUUACCUUAUGACCAACCUGAAAGAUCAUUGGACAUGAUGGACAGAUUUAUCUCUGGAGAAGGAUGGAAGACAAAUGGAUUCUAAAAUAAAACUUAAAAUGCAAUGUAUAUGUACUACCUUGCCAAAUGCUUCAGAAAUAAUUUGAAUGUACUAUAUUGAAAAUAUUGCCUUAUGGAAAAAUCAUGAAAUUGAGAAUAAGAGUAAUAAAAUGGAUAUAAAUGUUC